GAUUAUGACGUUCGAACGCAAGCUCCCCACAGCGCUGUUUGCCUCCCUGAAAACUGCCUGGUAGCAGGCGUCAAACGGAAGUGGCGCCAAGUUUAGCAGUUUGUGAACGUCAACUGGUAUUGUCAACAUACUCCAUGAUGAACUUCAUAACAUCAGUGAUUGUAGCCUGUGUGGCUGCUAUGUGGAUCAUCCCAAUGGCAGAGGGUGAUUGUGACUUAAUAGCCUGUACAGUUCCACCCGCUUCUAUGAACAGCACAUCAAAUGACACAAGUGCUUUCUGUGCGCAGCAGAACGCCUACUAUAGAUGUCUGAGGGAUGAAUCAUCAUCAUGUAGCCUUUUUGCCAAAAUUAUCUUCGAUGUUGCCAUCACAGCUGUGAAAACUGUAAUUGAGAAUCUCGACAAUUGUGAACUUACAAGUGGUGCCUCGAUGACUACUUCUUCAGUGGCGCUGUACAUAGUGUAUGUGGCAAUCUCAUUGUCUCUGUGGCAUUAGCAACACAGGGUCAAUAUCAUCCAAAAAAUAUGCAUCAUGGCUCAGGCACAUAAUGUUGGAACAACAUAUCCUGAUAUCUCACUGUUUAAAGAACCUGCUGUCACAGCUAACCACCAUGAUGGAACAACAUAUCCUGAUUUCUCACACUGUUUUAAAGAAACCUUAAUCUAGAAGGGUUAGGGUAACUAAAGAGUUGCUAUUUAUUAUGAAUUGAUUUUUGUCUGUGAUAACAGCAUUACUAAGCAGCCCAAGCCAUUGUUUUGGGCAGAAUAUUAUUACCUAAUCAUCACUGUUUACUAUACCUUGAAACUGUUUGUCUGUUGAAUCUUUUCAACAGCUCAAAGGCCUGCAGUUUAAUAUUUACAAAUUUAGCGUGAUGUGUUGUUUUUUUGUACAAAAAGUGUUAAUUUAUUUGACUUAAACUUACAAUUGUUACUGUUAAUAAAUUAUUUUAAAUGUUAA